AUGCCACCACCCACAGUGGAAGUGAGUGAAAGCCUGCUAGUAGCCAGUUUCGAUGGAUCAGCCAGGGUGAAAAGAAAGGGCGGAGCAUACAGCGCGAUCAUAUGGAAACUGCCGGAAUGGACGAUUGUGGCCGCGGCUUCGGAGUUUGCCCCUGAACUUACUGUGAAUGAAGCUGAAUACCGAGGGCUGAUCCUUAACUUCGAUUUGCUCGCAGAUCAGGCCAGGCGACGGGUGAUUAUCUGUGGAGAUUCAAAUUUGGUGAUCCGUCAAAUGCGAGGAGAAAUAGACUGUAAAGCGCCGGGGCUGCAAUUGCUGAGGCACAAGGCUAUGGAGAAACUGCGAUCGUGGCCUUCACACGAGUUUCUACACAUGAAGCGAGAUUGGAAUCAGAGCGCAGAUAGACUGGCGAGUGAAGCUCUACAGCAAGAGAAAGGGACAGUUGUAUUUUCCGAUCAAGAGCGGCAGGAUUUGAUUACACUCAAUCGGCUAAACGAAUUGCUACUACCAGAACGAGUCGGUCGUGCGGUAAAAGUGACAGCUAUCACUCGAUCAGCCCAGAGAAGACGUUGUCAGCCCCGAAUUUUACAGGAAGAAGUUGUGCGGCAAAUACGGAUUGGUCGUAUUGAACAAGCACAAGACGAAGAAAGCUGGAUGUCGAGUCUGAAGACAUAUCUGGUUGGAGACAUGGCUAAGCUAUCGGCCGAUGAGGCUAAAAUGUGCGCCCUGAUCGCGCCGGACUAUGAAUUACAGCAAGAUUUCUUGCACCACUACCAUACCAGUUUGGAGGGUGGUCACCAAGGAAUCGGCCGUACAUAUCAACGGAUCAGGACGAAUUUCCACUGGCGUGGAUUGUACCGGAGCGUGCAGCGCUAUGUGGGAGAAUGUGUGGAUUGUGAAACAGGAAAAGGACGACCGGUGGAUCGAGGUGGAUCACCUGGUAAUAUGCAGUCGACGUACCCUUUUCCGAUUAUAGCUAUGGAUCACAUCCCUUCGUUGCCAAGAUCUGUUAAAGGGAACACCGAGCUGUUGCUCUGGGUCGAUUUGUUCUCGGGAUACGUGAUCGCAAAGGCAAGCUCGUCCAGAUCAGCCCAGACGAUCGCCGAAAGUUAUGAGGAGUGCGUGUUCAGACGAUUCGGAGCGAGCGAGGCGAUACGUCAUGAUCGUGAGCCGGGAUUUAUGUCUGAUUUCUUCCGAGCGUUCAAUCGAAUCGCGAGACAAAAACAGCGAGCCACUAUGGCAUAUAGACCGCAAGCUAACGGUACGGCCGAACGCAUGGUGCAGACGCUGACUCGAUCGAUUAAGAUGUACGUUAUGGAUGAAAACCAAAAGGACUGGGACGAGUACGCGAAGCGAUUGACUUAUGCGAUCAAUACCGCUCACGAUUGA